AGGUGUUGACGUACUAAGUCAUGGAGGCGACCAGAACAAGGGGAAGACUGUGGUCCCCAGCUGGCAUUUCUACCCUACUUGCACUUUCUUUUUUUGACUAUAGCGCAACAUUACAAGUGGCAUAUGAAUAUCCGAUAUCAUUUAACAACUCGUCUCUCGAUACCUUCUACCCAUUCAACAGCACCAGUCCAAUCUGCUCUAUCGAUAAUUACACUGGAGGAAACACAACUUCCAAUUACACGCUAUGGAACGCCGACGAGCCACAAGCCGACGUCAUCCUAAUGGGAGCUUUGUCUGUGCUACUUGGGCUAAUGAUCUUCGUAACGGUUAUUGGAAACGUCUUUGUUAUCGCAGCAAUAUUUCUAGAAAAAAAUCUGCAAAACGUUGCUAAUUACUUGGUUGUAUCCUUGGCAAUGGCUGAUCUUAUGGUGGCCUGUCUUGUUAUGCCAUUGGGCGCUGUCUAUGUGAUAAACAAUAAUUGGAUUAUGGGGCCAAAACUGUGUGACCUGUGGACUUCUAUUGAUGUCCUGUGCUGUACUGCAUCAAUUUUACAUUUGGUCGCGAUAGCACUUGACAGAUACUGGGCUGUGACAAACGUGGAUUACAUCCACUCGAGAACUAGUAGCCGCAUAGGAAUAAUGAUAUUAAUGAUAUGGGUAAUUGCACUGGUGGUAUCCCUUGCCCCUCAGAUACCGCAAUUCAAAGAUCCUGAAUACUUGUUUAGGAUAGAGGUUAAGAGACAGUGUCUAGUUAGUCAAGACGUUAAGUACCAAAUAUUUGCUACCAGUUCCACAUUUUAUGUUCCUCUGUUUGUGAUAUUUGUAUUAUAUUGGAAGAUCUUUCAGGCGGCGAGAAAUAGGAUAAGAAGAAGGAAAGAUCUAAAACAAAGUUUUCACAAGGUGGAAAAGACUAACAACAAUAGUAGGUUAACCAACGCAUUUCUGGUAAAGAAGAGAUCGAUCAAAGUAGAAAAGUCUCUGACAAGAAAUCCAGCCGCCGAAAGACUAGUGAACUCUUUGGUUAUGAUGGAGAGUCAGUCCACUAUCACUACAGAGGUAAUGGAAGAGCAAGAAGAACCUACAAGCAGUAUUGUUCAACAGGAGACCUAUAAAAUAUCACGGCUGCCUAAGAUCGAUGGUGGAAAUCCUGAAAAUCUUACGAUGCUCAACAGCGGAGAUGGAAAGUUACCCAAAACUACAAAUAAUGGGUUGACAUGCCUUGUCAUCGACACCACCAAAACGGAAAUUCUGCAAAAAGAGCUCCGAAAUCAUAAAUCUCCACCGUCCGCUGUCACCCUGCAUCAUGAAAAGCCCAACAGCAUCCGCAGGGCUAAAAAAGAAAGCUUGGAAGCGAAACGCGAAAGAAAAGCUGCCAAAACUCUGGCAAUCAUAACGGGAGCCUUUGUAAUGUGUUGGCUGCCUUUUUUUAUUUUGGCUCUUUUACUGCCUCUGUGCGGUGAUUCAUGCAAUAUAAGUGAGUUUAUUAUGAGCUUCGCUCUGUGGUUGGGGUAUUUCAAUUCAACCCUUAAUCCGGUUAUCUACACAAUAUUUAAUCCGGAGUUUCGGCAAGCCUUCAAGCGAAUCUUGUGCGGGGGUCAUAGACAACACACUCGUAAUUUUAGAUCUGGAAAGGUUAGGUAAAACGCACGUUUCAGGUAAGUAGAGGUAGAUGAUUUCUCCUGCAUCAUAUGGUUCCUCCCCGUGGGUUAUCUCUCGUUAGAAAAUAGCGCUAUACCCUUAGAUGCUAUACCUUUCGCAAAUCACCGUGGGCCGUGGGCCGAAAGUAAAAGUCAAAAAAGUGACAUUUUCGAACUUUUUAAAAGUCAGUAAAGUCAACAUUACAUGUAUGAUUGUAAAUAAAAUAUAUUUUUAAAGGUAUGGGUUUGGCUACUUGGCCACUUUCCACCUCGGUAUGUAAUAUACUAUUAAUGUACGUUCUGAUAUGCAUGUAUUGAAAGGUGCAUAUAUUUAAGGUUAUAUAAAAAAUGUAGGUAAUAUUUUUGCAAUAGACGCCCAAAUCGCUUGAUGUUAUCUCGCACUUUUUUGUUAAGUUUGACAACAAAGCGUAGAAUGAGUUGUACCCCUUGCCCAGCAAACAUCGAACCAUCCCACAGAGGUAUCAACAUGAGGUAUGCUACUUAGGGGAAAGUGUUCCACAAUGAGACAAAAAUUGCGUUUCGGUAAAUAGCCAGAAGGUAUGAUUGAAUUCUGUAAUUUUAAUGUUGCAUGCUCAUAGAUUGACAUAUCUCUGAUAAUUUAACGCAAUUAGAUUAUUAUUAUAUCGAUUCAAAAAAUAAAUAGGGCAAUUUUUUUAAAACGUGAUUUUUGUCUCAUUGUGGAACAAGUAUGUUCCACAGUGAGACAAGUCCUUUCACACCAAAAAACACUACAAAAAAUAUUGAAAAAAAACAUUUGUAAAAGAAAAAUAACCAUUCUUUUAAAGAAACAGUAGAGCAACUUGAAAUAUUAAUCCGACAAAUCAAAAAUAUAAUAAACCCUUCAAAAUAUGAACGCACAUUUAAUGAGGUUGAAUUAACUUCAAAACGUAUCAGAGACUGUUGCUUCUUAAUUUUCCCAGUCGUUCAAUGUUUGGAAGGUAUCAGCAUGAUGUUUUUUUCUUCGACCAUACUCAUAUCUACUGUUACGGGGUAGAAAAAGCAGUUGUCAGAUCGUCUCAUUGUGGAACAAAACCAAGUGUCUCAUUGUGGAACUUUUUCCAUAUUAGCUUAAAAUUCGCUAAAUUUCGUAAAAACUGUAGGAGCACAUGCACAAUUAGUUAUGUUCGACGGUCAUAUUUUUCUAAACUGAAUAGGCGGGCAGUUCAAAAAGUUAUUUCGAAUGUUUCAUUGUGGAACACUUUCCCCUACACAUACUAAAUUCCACGAACAUCUCAAAGAUCGCGCAGGAACUGCCAAAUGUUCGCCUCAAGGAUAUCUUAUGUUAUAUGAGAAGCAAACGCCCGAUAGAAGUCUCGAAAGAACAUCCACAGUUCGUCUCAAAGAUAAUCUUAUGUUAUAUGAGAAGCGAAUGUCCCAUAGAAGUCUUGAAACAACAUCCACAGUAGAUCAAUUCAUUGCCUUUAUUGCGAAUAUAUACACAAAAUGAUCAUAAAAGCUGAAUGAAUAUACAGGGUGAUUUACUGCACUUCUCUUUUCACAACACUAAUUAAUCAUCAACAUCAACUGUCGUCAGCUGUCAGGUAAAGAAAACCCGAACCCCAAAAACUAAAAACCAACAAACUCACAAUCAAACUAAUUCUGAAACCCACGUCCUGCCCGCAAUACUCAAUGGCAAAAUAGGAACUACAGAAAAUGUAUCAAAACGUUAUUCAAGAGCGGCAAGAGUCAGAAGGACCAGAAGCCAUGUGACUAAUGC